AUGGAGAGAAUUGGCACAAAACUAAAGCAGAAGUUAAGGCUGGCUGACUCUGGCAGUGUCAAGUUUAGUAAAAAGAAAAAUGAACUUUCCAACACGAAUAACAACAGUAACAGCAUCAGCAUUAGCACCGAAACGCCGGUAGUAAGCCGUGUGAUCCCGACACCAAACCCAGCACCUGCGAAUACUGCUCAGUUCAGCCUGACCUGCCCACCUUCAGGAGAACCAUGUGCUUCAUCAACUGGCAGACUUGCAAAAGUGGUCAAUUCUCAAAGGGUGUCAUCCUGUGUCACCACCACCUCGGCGUCUGUACCAGAAGAAUCCGGGCCUCCAGUUGAACACCAUCCGGUGACCCUUGCCCCUUUACGGCGGCGUUCACCCCAACAGAGGGCAUCAUGCUACCUGCCUGAGACCAUGGAGGGCCGAGGGACCUGUGACCAGCCAAGACGCACCGACUUGACAUAUAGUGAGAAUGGAGAUCCACAAGGUGCGUACAGCCCAACCUCUCGAGCUGCUCUAAACCAGCGACGUUAUUCUCUUGAGCUUCAACAGUUGGUGCGGAGGCAGCAGUUACUGGCCCAGGCUCCACUGUCUUCCAUGCCACCACCAUACCCGACGCCAAGUCAAGUUCCUCGCUCAGGCUCUGCUGAACCGAACUUUCUCCCUGAACCUGAGCGCCACAAGCGCCUCUCCUUGCAGGAGGCACUUUUCUACAAGCGCUGGAGCUCUGGAGGCGAGCCAUGGGACAGCGGCAGGCCAGCAUCACUUUCCCACCCUCCACUAAGGAGCCAUGAUAGUCCUGGGGCUACCUGCCUAUUUCCUCCAGGUCCAACACUAAGCCCUUGCUCCUCUUUCAGCCUGCAGGAGUCUGUGUUGGCAAGUCCGCGAUCAAGCUUUGCCAGCAGCACAGCUAGCGGAGGUGGAGGUACGGGAAUAGGUGGCAUAAGUGGAAGCCCUGUUGGUAGUCCAUGCAGCAGCAACCGCACCAGUGGCAUUAGCCUUGGCUAUGACAUCAGACAUGCUCCUGGUCCUGCCCAGCCACUGCACUUCUCCGCCACACAGCUAGGCAGUGCCACUACUGGGCAUCUGUACGCAACAUCUGGGCCAGGGAAAGCAACAGCGCCACCGAUAGAAGUGUGGCGAGAUUACCUAGAAAGGGCAUCAGGGAUUGCCGGUGGCUUUCAAGAUAGUCGUCACUCCUACCCUCCAGCAGGAAGUACCCCAGAGUGGUUGAGUGGUGCAGAGCAGCGGCCACCUCGGACAGAUGGUUCAGGUGAGAGGAUGAGGCACUCGGACCUGCCAGGGACACACUACCAGCAGGAGCUUACACGCUUACUACUAAGGGACAUGACUUUGGAGGGAGAGGAAAUGGUUGGAGGGCUAACCCUGAAGGAGCAACCUGGGUCCACUAUAGCACCUCCUGCAGCUGGUGUGGCAACAACCAUAAAAUCUCAGGAGGAGCAUGUAACAGUGAGAGAGUCACAGUCUUCCUUGGACAGACAAGAAUUUUUUGGAACAUGUGUAAAGUGUGGUAAAGGUGUGUAUGGUGCGGAUAACGCUUGCCAGGCUCUGGACAGUCUCUAUCACACCCGCUGUUUCACGUGUGUGUCCUGUGGUCGCACUCUUAGAAAUAAGGACUUCUACAGUGUCAGUGGGUCAGUGUAUUGUAAGGAGGACUACAUGUUUUCAGGCUUCCAGGCAGCAGCUGAAAAAUGCUGCGUUUGUGGACAUCUGAUCUUGGAGCAGAUUCUUCAAGCCCUGGGGAACUCCUACCACCCAAGCUGUUUCCGCUGUACGGUGUGCUCGAAGACUCUGGAUGGCGUGCCUUUCACAGUGGACUACCUCAAUAACGUCUACUGUGUUGCAGACUACAACAGGACAUUCGCUCCUAAAUGUGCUGCUUGUUUACAACCCAUUUUACCUGCUGAGGGCAGUGAGGAGAUUCUCAGGGUGGUAUCUAUGAACAAAGACUAUCACUUUGAGUGCUAUCACUGUGAGGAGUGUGGGAAGCAGCUCUCAGAUAAACCAGGAUCUCAGUGCUUUCCGCUGGACUCCCACCUCCUCUGUCACUCUUGUCACAUGAACAGGGUGUGCAGCUCUCACAACAUCACCCCACACAACACACACUGAAUGAGAGAAAAAAUCCGUUCUGCUGGACCAACAUACUUGCCUUUUUUAUUCAUGUGUAUUAAUGUUUGUGACCAAGGUUAUAUGUUGUCAUUUUGUAAGUAUUUAAUGUAUUGAUAUGCUUCAUUCCCAAUAUUAUCGUGUAUAAUAGCUGAACAGGUUUCACUGUCCUGCACUGACUGAGGAAAAAACAUGGUUUUAAUGACUGAUUUUUUUAAACUUGAGGUCCUACAUUUCAAACAAACAGUGUGGAUGGAACUAGGUGGAUCUGUGGGUCCCUCUAGUGGCCAGUAACUGUACCUGCUGACUACACGUUCGGUAUAAGAUUCUCCACAUGGUGAUGAUUACUGUUAUCAGCCUUAUUAAGUUAUUAGGAACCAUCGCAUUGUGUUAUUGUUUAUAUUCUCUUAUCUGCUGUAGAAAAGAAUUACAAGGGAUUUUUGCUUAACUUUUAAAAAAUAUAUUUAAUAAUACUAGCAAAGAUUUUGCAC